AUGAACACGGAGAAAGACUUUUCGCCCCUGACGCCCAACAUCGUCAGGGCUCUGAAUGACAAACUGUACGAGAAGAGGAAAGUCGCGGCUCUCGAAAUAGAGAAACUGGUGAGGGAGUUUGUCGCUCAGAACAACUCCACUCAAAUCAAACAUGUGAUACAGAUCUUGGCGUCUGAAUUCGCUCUGUCCCAACACCCCCACAGUCGGAAGGGGGGUCUCAUUGGACUGGCGGCUUGCUCCAUCGCCCUCGGGAAAGACUCAGGUCUGUAUCUGAAAGAGCUUAUUGAACCCGUGCUCACGUGCUUCAAUGACUCAGACAGCCGUUUACGCUACUACGCUUGUGAGGCUCUCUAUAAUAUAGUGAAAGUGGCCAGGGGAGCUGUGCUGCCCCACUUCAAUCUGCUUUUUGAUGGUCUCAGUAAGCUUGCAGCCGAUCCGGACCCAAAUGUGAAAAGUGGAUCUGAACUGCUGGACAGACUGCUGAAAGACAUAGUGACAGAAAGCAACACGUUUGACUUGGUGGCAUUUGUUCCCCUGCUGAGGGAGAGAAUCUACUCAAAUAAUCAGUACGCCAGGCAAUUUAUCAUUUCUUGGAUCCAUGUUUUGGAGUCUGUACCAGACAUUAAUUUGUUAGACUAUCUGCCAGAGAUUCUGGAUGGGCUGUUCCAGAUUCUGGGAGACAACAGUAAGGAGAUCCGCAGGACGUGUGAGGUGGUGCUGGGAGAGUUUCUGAAGGAGAUUAAGAAAACUCCUUCAAGUGUGAAAUUUGCUGAGAUGGCCAACAUCCUGGUCAUCCACUGCCAAGUUGCCGAUGAAACCAAACUCACAAAUGAUCUGAUCCAGCUCACCGCCAUGACAUGGAUGAGGGAGUUCAUCCAGCUUGCGGGCAGAGUGGUACUGCCCUAUUCCUCUGGCAUCCUAACUGCGGUGCUGCCGUGCCUGUCUUAUGAUGACAGAAAGAAGAACACAAAGGAGGCGGCGAGUGCCUGCAAUCACAGUCUAAUGAAACUGGUGACUUCUGAGGACGAUGAGGAAAAUGAAGACGAAAAAAGCAGAGGCACAGGGUCACCGUCGACAGCAGAGGGCCAACCGAAAAUGGAGGGGGAUGGUAAUGAUAUGCUGAAUGCGUCCCAAGAAUCAGUUGGUUUCAGCAACAUCAGUUUCUUCACUCCAGCCACCGCUGAUAGGCCGCAGGUGAACUUAGAUCUGGACGGUAUUGUCCAAGUGCUUGACCGGCACCUCCAUGACUCCUCCACUGGCAUGAUGACCCGCAUAGCUGUGCUCAAAUGGCUUUAUCACCUAUACAUCAAGACGCCACGAAAAAUGUUCCGCCACACAGACAGUCUGUUCCCCAUUCUGCUUAAAACGCUGUCCGACGAGUCUGACGAGGUGAUCCUGAAAGAUCUGGAGGUGUUGGCUGAGAUAGCGUCCUCUCCCGCUGGCCAGUCGGACCAAGCGUCCUCUUGUGACAGCACUGACAGCAAAUUGGUGCUCAAAGUCCCAGAUGGUCCGAAGCAAGGGCAGCAGCCCAACGCGGGCCCCAAAACCGCGGACGGCUCCCCCUCCACUCCCAGCAUGAACUCGUACUUCUACAAGUUCAUGAUCAAUCUUCUGAAGCGUUUCAGCCUGGAGAGGAAACUCCUGGAGAACAGAGGAGCUUUCAUCAUCCGACAGCUGUGUCUGUUGCUUCAUGCAGAGAACAUCUUUCACUCUAUGGCCGACAUCCUGCUGAAGGAAGAGGACCUUAAAUUUGCCUCCACCAUGGUUCAGACUCUCAACACUAUCUUGCUCACUUCUGCUGAGCUCUUCCAGUUGCGCAACCAGUUAAAAGACCUGCACACUCAGGAAAGCUGUGCCUUGUUUUGCUGCCUGUAUCGGUCCUGGUGCCACAACCCCGUGGCCACCGUGUCGCUCUGUUUCCUCACACAGAACUACAAGCACGCGUAUGAUCUCAUCCAGAAGUUUGGGAACCUGGAGGUGACGGUGGACUUUCUGAUGGAAGUUGACAAGCUUGUGCAGCUCAUAGAGAGCCCCAUUUUUACCUACCUGCGUCUGCAGCUCCUAGAUGUGGAGAACAACCCGUACCUGAUAAAGGCCCUGUACGGCCUGCUGAUGCUGCUGCCCCAGAGCCAGGCCUUCCAGCUGCUCUCUCACCGCCUGAGAUGCGUCCCCAACCCAGAGCUCAUGAGGAGCGUGGAUGAAUCCAAGUACAUGGACUCGAAACAGCAAGUGGCGUGCAAGCGAGCCUCUCACACAAACAUGGAUUACAAUGAGCUGCUCCAGCAUUUCGACCGGGUUCAGAGCAAACACCUGGAGGUGCGACACCAGCGCAUCGGGCGGGGGGCCUCCGACCACCCUGACAGAAAGCUGUUGUGA